GCUCGUUCAUGUGUUUGUGUUCGUCAUUCCUACGCGUCUGGUGUAUUUCUGUGAGAGGAGAGCAGCGCGUUCCCGCAUCUGAGCAUCACAGUCAUCAUGUCUUACGGAAUGAUUGACAGCUGUCACUCACAGCCGAGAGAUUUCAACAAUCUCACUCAAACAUGCAGCUCAAACAUCCAGAAAAUCACACAAAACACUGGCCAAAUCAAGAGCAUGCUGUUCCAACUGGGUACCAGACCGGACACACCGGAGCUCCAGGACAGACUCCAGCAAAUGCAGCACUACACAAACCAGCUAGCGAAAGAGACCAACAGACACCUGAAGGAGCUAGGCUCUCAGCCACAGCCCCGGUCCCCUUCAGAACAGCGCCAGCAGCGGAUCCAGAAGGACCGUCUGAUGAACGACUUCUCCGCCGCGCUCAACAACUUCCAGGUGGUUCAGCGUCGAGCCGCGGAGAGGGAGCGCGAGUCCGUGGCCCGGGCGCGGGCCGGAUCCAGACUGCAGGUUGAUGAGCUCAAUCAAGACGAACAGCUUGUGACAUUUGAAAAAAAUGAAGGGUGGCGAAUGCAGAUAGAUGAGGAGCCUGUCACUGAAGAGGACCUGGAGCUUAUUAAAGAGAGAGAGACCAAUAUCCGUCAGCUGGAGUCAGACAUCAUGGAUGUGAAUCAGAUCUUCAAGGAUCUCGCAGUCAUGAUCCAUGACCAAGGUGACAUGAUAGAUAGCAUUGAAGCUAACGUGGAGAGUGCAGAGGUGCAUGUGGAGCGAGGGGCCGAGCAGAUCCAGCACGCCGCUUACUAUCAGAGAAAAUCCCGCAAGAGGAUGUGUAUUCUGGCUCUUGUCAUGUCGCUAGUGGCAACAAUCUUUGCUAUAAUCAUUUGGCAAGCAAUCAGAUAAGAUGAGAGCUAAAGCUGACAGAAGUACUGGAUCCUGCUCCGGUGUUGAUGAGAGUGUGUGUGUAUCUGUGUGUGUGAUACACUGAUAGUAAGAGAAUAGUUUCUAUAUCAUAUAUUUGUCUGUGAAUUAUCUGGAGCAAAUACAGUACAGCAUUAACACAAGAAUUCAGUUUGCAUGAAUGUAAUUCCUUUUACAACUUGUAUUUUGUUGCAGGUCUUGGUAAAUUUUUCUCUGAAAUUAUGCAAAAUACAUACUCUUAAGAAAUAUUUCUUUCUUUAAAUGAACUAAAAGAAACUGUUUUGAUGUUGUGUAUGAUUUAAUGCACAGUGCUUUGAUUCUCACAAGUAAAUGUAUUUCUUGGUAGUACAUAAUAAAGAUCAAAUAAGUUUUAAUA